AUGUCUGCUGAGAAAUCCGAGUUUUCCCAUAUUGAAGAGUCCAAGGCUCAAGCUACACACUAUGAAGUCUCAAGCGACUUAAAAAGAUCCGACUCUGAGUUGGGUCCUCGCGAAAUUGCUGAGGAACAAGACUAUUAUACCAACUUGCCAGAAUCAUUGCAGGAUUUGACUCAAGAAGAGUUGAAACAACUCGACAAAAAGACACUUCGUAAGAUCGAUUUGAGAUUGAUGCCCAUGUUGAUCUUUAUUUAUAUCUUGAACUAUAUCGAUCGAAACAACAUUGCUAGUGCCAGAUUAGGUGGAUUGGAAGAAGACUUGGGCCUCAAGGGAAACCAAUACCAAAUCUGUAUUUCCAUCUUGUUUAUCGGAUACAUCUUGUUUCAGGUUCCUUCAAAUAUGCUAUUGAACAAAAUCGGACGUCCAUCAACGUAUUUGGCCGUGGUUAUGACUAUUUGGGGUGCCAUUUCCACUUGUACUGCUGCAGUGCAAGGAUUUGGUGGAUUAGUCGCAAUCAGAGCAUGCCUUGGUAUCGUUGAGUCUGCAUUCUUUUGUAGUGCAUUGAUGAUCCUUGCUUCUUGGUACGACAAAAAAACAUUGGCAAGUAGAAAUUCUAUCCUUUACUCGGGUUCCUUGAUCUCAUCUGCAUUCAGUGGAUUGUUGGCAGCCGGUAUUUUGGAAAUGGACGGAUUGGGAGGAAUUCAAGGAUGGAGAUACUUGUUCAUCAUUGAAGGUGGUGUUACCGUGCUCACAGUUCCAUUUGCCUACUUCAUCUUGCCUGAUACCCCAGCAAACACAAAGUUUUUGUCACAACAAGAAAAAGACAUCAUCCAAUGGAGGUUGCAAAAAGAUGUUGGUGUGAAAGAUAGCGACAAAGAAGCUGAAAUUUCCGAUUGGGAAGGUUUCAAAUUGGCCGUGAAGGAUAUCAAGAUGUGGAUGCUUUGUGGUAUGCACAGUUUCUUGGUUGCUGCUUGCGGUGUCACUAAUUUCUUCCCCACCAUUGUUGGAACUUUAAACUUUAACCACACAAUUACCUUGUGUUUAACUGCACCACCAUACGUUGUUGCCGUUGUAGUGACAUACUUUUGGGCCAAGAAUGCCGAUAGGACUGGAGAACGUACAUUGCAUGUGAUUAUCCCACUUAUUUGUGCAUUAGUUGCAUUCAUCAUUGCGGUUGCCACAUUGAACACGGGUGCACGUUACUUUUCAAUGAUUUUGAUGAUCCCUAGUCUUUACUGUGCAUUUGUGGUGAUUCUUACUUGGAUUUCCAACUGUUGUCCUAGACCACCUGCAAAGAGAGCUAUUUCCAUUGCAAUGGUGAACUGUUUGAGUAACAGUACUUCCAUCUGGAAUGCAUUCUUGUAUCCUUCAAGCGAUGGUCCUCGUUAUGUCAAGGCCAUGAGUUGUAACAUUGCAUUCUUGGUGUUGUCCAUAUUGUUUGUUGUGAUGUUGAGAAUCAGAUUAAUGGUGUUGAACAAGAAGAUCAAGAGUGGUACUAUGAAUUGGCAACUGGAGUUGGGUAAAGGUAAUGAUGGAAGCAAGAUUUCACCAGACUUUAGAUACUUGUACUAA